GUAAUGAAAAUAAUUUCAUGGCAACUUUAUUAUAACCUUAUUAAAAUUUUUAUGUCAACCGGCUGUUGUUGUUGUGCAAAAAUUCGCAAAUAAAACGAUUUUAUUCAAUAAACUGGUGAAAUAAUUGUGUGCGAAUGAGAAACAGUACAUAAAUAAUAAUAAACUAUGACUACCAAUCCGCGGAGAGGCACCGAGCCGGGUCCUUUGGAGGAGAGCGACCAACUUACUAUAAGACCAUUAGGAGCUGGCCAGGAGGUUGGCAGAUCAUGUAUUAUGCUGGAAUUCAAAGGAAAGAAAAUUAUGUUGGACUGUGGUAUUCAUCCUGGCUUAUCAGGCAUGGAUGCUCUACCCUUUGUGGAUCUCAUCGAGGCAGAUGAAGUAGACCUGCUAUUGAUCUCACAUUUCCACUUGGACCACAGUGGUGCACUGCCUUGGUUCUUAACGAAGACCUCGUUCAAAGGACGAGUGUUCAUGACGCACGCCACUAAAGCUAUCUACAGGUGGCUUGUGUCAGAUUAUAUUAAAGUCAGUAACAUAUCAACCGAACAAAUGCUCUACACUGAAUCGGAUCUCGAGAACUCGAUGGAUCGUAUAGAGACGAUAAAUUUCCACGAGGAGAAAGACGUUCGAGGUGUUCGGUUCUGGGCUUAUAACGCUGGACAUGUGCUGGGGGCUGCUAUGUUUAUGAUCGAGAUCGCCGGAGUUAAGAUUUUAUACACGGGUGACUUCUCAAGACAAGAAGACAGGCAUUUAAUGGCUGCCGAAAUACCAACUGUACAUCCUGAUGUGCUUAUAACAGAGUCGACAUACGGCACGCACAUCCACGAGAAGCGCGAGGAGCGCGAGUCGCGGUUCACGAGCCUGGUGAGCGACAUCGUGACGCGCGGCGGCCGCUGCCUCAUCCCCGUCUUCGCGCUCGGCCGCGCGCAGGAGCUGCUGCUCAUUCUCGACGAAUACUGGUCCCUCCAUCCGGAGCUGCAAGACAUCCCGAUCUACUACGCGUCAUCGCUCGCCAAGAAAUGUAUGGCCGUCUACCAGACGUACAUCAACGCCAUGAACGACCGCAUACGAAGACAGAUCGCCGUCAAUAAUCCGUUUGUCUUCAGGCAUAUUUCUAAUCUUAAGGGCAUUGAUCACUUUGAGGAUAUCGGACCUUGCGUGAUCAUGGCCUCCCCGGGCAUGAUGCAGUCUGGCCUGUCCAGAGAGCUCUUUGAGUGCUGGUGCACUGACCCCAAGAACGGAGUUAUUAUUGCAGGCUACUGCGUUGAAGGCACCCUGGCGAAAACAAUCCUCUCCGAACCAGAGGAAAUAACGUCAAUGUCGGGACAGAAGCUGCCGCUCAAGAUGUCUGUUGAUUAUAUCUCGUUCUCUGCGCAUACGGAUUACCAGCAGACUUCCGAGUUCAUCAACAUCUUGAAGCCACCGCACGUUGUGCUGGUGCACGGCGAGCAGAACGAGAUGUCGCGGCUGAAGGCGGCGCUGCAGCGCGAGCACCGCGGCCGCCUGGCCGUGCACACGCCGCGGAACACGCAGCAGCUGGCGCUCACCUUCCGCGGGGACAAGACCGCUAAGGUGAUGGGGUCGCUGGCCGUGGAGGCGCCGGCGCCGGGCCAGACGCUGCAGGGCGUGCUCGUCAAGAGGAACUUCAAUUACCACAUCCUCGCGCCGCAGGAUCUCAACAAAUACACGGAGCUGUCGCAGUCGGAAGUGACGCAGCGGCAGUCCAUCCACUACGUCGGCUCCCCGGCGCUGCUGCGGCACGUGCUGCUCCAGCUGGCCGGCACCGUGGAGUUCCUCUCCGAAACCAAGUACCGCCUCUACGGCUGCAUCGACCUCACGGUCGAGAACUCCACCAUCAUCGUCGAGUGGCAGGCGCAGCCGGUGACGGACAUGUUCGCGGACGCGCUGGUGGCGGGCGUGCUGUCGGCGUCGUCGCUGCCCGCGCCCAAGCACCUGCCGCUGGCGCCCAAGCUCGACCGGAUGCACUUCAAGGAAUGUGUGAUCGAGAUGCUGCAGGAGAUGUUCGGCGAGGACUCCGUGCCGAAGAUGUUUAAGGGCGACAAGCUGCACGUGACUGUCGACGGGAAGAAAGCCGAUAUUGACUUGCUCAAUAUGGAGGUGACCUGUCUGGAAGACGAGAACCUCGAGCGAGUGGUGCACUCGGCAAUCACCAAGUUGUACUCUGCGUUGGCGCCGGUCAAGCCGCCGUCCGCUUCGUGAUAGCAGACCGAGCUUAAGCACGAGGACGAUUGAAUUUGACGCCCUCUUCAACGUCGCCGGUAGUCUAAGGCACGUUAUCCUCCAAAGUGGAGAGUGGAGGGCUUAAUGUGUCCCAAUUACAUCUUUGUUUCAACACUCUACUUUAGUGGAUAAUGGGCCUUGCGGUUCUCACAAUGACGGCGUUCGGUACUUUGCCUGUAUGAAAGCGUGCGCACGCGCAUCCUAUUAAAAUACCCUCGG